AUGGCUGCUUCUGCCGACCUUCCAAAACGCAAAUCUAACCGCAUCGUGUCCAUCCUGGGUCUCUUCGAGCUGUCAGUUGGAGACGCGCCCCGAGCUGAUGGAGUAUCAGAGCUGGCUGCUGCAAGACUGGCUGUGGAACAUGUGAACAAGCGGGGUCUGCUGCCAGGGUAUAGGCUGCAUCUCAUCACUAAUGAUACUAAGUGCGACCCAGGAGUAGGAGUGGACCGUUUCUUCCACGCGCUGUACACGGAGCGAGACUCCCGCAUGGUGAUGCUGCUGGGCACUGCCUGCUCAGAGGUCACGGAGAGCAUCGCCAAGAUUGUGCCCUAUUGGAAUAUUGUGCAGGUAUCGUUCGGGUCCACUUCACCAGCUCUGAGCGACAGGACGGAGUUCCCUCUGUUCUGCAGGACGGUGGCUCCUGACUCCUCACACAAUCCUGCUAGAAUUGCCUUCAUCAGGCAAUUCGGCUGGGACACAGUAACAGCGUUCUCCCAGAAUGAGGAGAUAUACUCCUUAGCUGUGAACGAGCUAGUCACCCAGUUGGAAGCCGCCAACAUCACGUGUGCAGCUUCCAUCACCUUCGCGGAAUCGGAUUUUAAGGAGCAACUGCAGCAGCUCAAGGAGCUGGAUACCCGCAUCAUCAUCGGCAGCUUCUCACAAGAGAUGAUACCCAAAAUAUUCUGUGAGGCCUUCAGACUGGGCAUGUUUGGCGCGGAAUACGCGUGGCUGGUCUCCGGUAUGCCGCCGAGGAUCCGUGGUGCUCCUCCAUGUGCCAGGCCUCAACUUGCCAGGGCUUUAGAAGGACUGGUCACUGUGACUGCGCACCGAGGCAUUGUGGGCGAUGGCGCUUCUUUCUCUGGGUUGACCAACGAAAUGUUCUACCGUGAGAUGGAAGCUGCAGGAGUUGCAGUGUCUCCUUACGCCCCUCAAACAUACGAUGCAGUGUGGGCCAUAGCCCUAGCUUUGAGCAAAGCUGAACAGCUCUGGAGGUCCUUAGGCAACCGAAGGAGUGAUGGAACGAACUCCACCAGACUUGGAUUGAGCCAUUUUGAUUAUGAUAGACAGGAUAUGGCGAAGGAGUUCCUUGAUCAGCUCGCGAAUCUUAGCUUUGUUGGUGUUUCGGGCCCUGUCUCAUUCAAUGGUGCGGACAGAAUAGGUACCUCAGCUUUUUACCAAAUCCAAGGUGGCAGACCAAAGACCGUAGCCCUCUACACCCACGGUCGCGAGAUGACCUGCCCUGACUGCGCCCGACCCCAGUGGGCGGGCGGAGUACCAGCGGCUCGAAGAGUCCUGGUCCUCCGGGUUGACUCCGUGUGGGCGCCAGCUAGGAUGGCUGUGGCUGCGUUAGCGGCUUUGGGAGUCGCGUUAGCACUGGCCUUCUUGGUCUUCAACUUGCAUUAUAGUAAACGGAGGUCAAUAAAGCUAUCAUCUCCGCGGCUGAACAACAUGACGCUGAUCGGCUGUGUGCUGGUGUACACGGCAGUCGCACUGUUAGGCGUCGACAACGCCACCCUGCCGUCCUAUGUGCCGUUCUCUGCUAUGUGCACAGGAAGAGUUUACAUAUUGUCUGCUGGAUUCUCGUUGGCUUUUGGCUCAAUGUUCGCAAAGACUUAUCGAGUGCAUAGGAUAUUUAUCAGCAAUCGCAGUGGAGUAUGCAAAACCAAGUUGCUUCAAGACACGCCACUAAUAUCCCUGGUUUGUGCUCUACUGGUGAUCGAUGGGAUGAUAGUCACACUGUGGGCCAUGCUGGAUCCCAUGGAGAGGCAUCUUAAGAACUUGACUACGGAGAUCAGCACGACGGAUAGAAGUGUGAUUUAUCAGCCUCAGAUAGAAGUCUGCAAAUCCCAAAACACGACCGGUUGGUUAUGCGCCCUCUACGCGUACAAGGGUCUACUCCUCAUCGUCGGCGUCUACAUGGCCUGGGAGACCAGAAAUGUCAAGAUUUCUGCCCUUAACGACUCCAAAUACAUCGGAAUCAGUGUCUAUUCCGUGGUAAUCACCAGUGCCAGCGUUGUGGUGAUUGGAACUAUAAUUUCUGAAAGGGCAACCCUAGCGUAUAUAUCGAUAACCAGUCUGAUUUUGAUUACUACGACUUCGACUUUGUGUUUGCUGUUUUUGCCGAAGAUUGUUGCUAUUAGGAGUAAUGAAGACCCCGUAAUACAAAGCAUGGGCCUAAGACUAGAGUGUAAGACGAGAAGAUUCGUUACAGACGAGACGCAGGAGUUACACUUCAGGAUAGAAAUACAGAACAGAGUGUAUAAGAGAGAAGUCGCAGCGUUAGACAAGGAGAUAGGCAGACUUGAGAAGCUGUUGGCAGAACCACUAGACUCGGCUAGUGGAUCUAAUGCUUCGCUAUCUUUGCAUAAAAGAACUGAACUAAACACAGUGGAAGAAGAAGGCAUGGCUCACGCAGCCAACGAGCGCCGCACCCCGAGCGUCAGCGGCGGCCUGCCCAUGCUGCUCCUCUCCGUCCUCCCGCCAGUCAUCCCCCGCGCCAGCUGGCCCUCCACCGACGCCUUCCGAGGACGCAACUCCGUCAGUUUCAGCUCACAACCAAAACUCAACUACAGAAAAUCACAACCAGCCAUAGACCUAUACAACCUUUGCCUCAACAAAAGAGAAGAACACACCGGUCUACUCAGCAGGAUAAAGAGCUUCUUCGGAAGCAGUAGACCGACCAGCAGGAAAGCUUCAACCAUGUCUAUAGCAGACCCCACAGGUGCAAGCAUAGCGGCUGCACUCAAAAUGCAUGUGGGCAUGAUAGCAGGACUUGUUCCAGGGAAUAGAAAACACUCCAUGGUAUUAUCCUGUAACACCCUUCAUGUACCCCAUCCUGAGUUAAAGUUAAGGAGAGAAUCUUACGCGAAAAGCGGUCCUAUUAUACGAGUGACUGAUGACGAGCCCUCGUGUUCGUAUGUCCCCGAACCUUCGAGACCUUUGCCUCAGAAGUAUAUUGCUGAACCGGAGACGAAAGUGAACUUCGUUCUGCCAGCUACGCAUCAAAGACCGAUGUCUCAUCAGAAUUCUUGUGAGAAAAUUAAAGGUUCUCCAAGGUUUCCGCAUAGGAUAGCACCUUCAGCUGCCAAUAGCUUGACGACUCUUGAUACUCGGAGGAAAACCAGCGCUGAUAGUGUGUUUAACAUAACUGCCAGGGUGUUUGAGGAGCAGAGACGGUACAGUCAUCAGAAUGUCAACCAAGAUGCGAAAGGGAAGUCGGUAUUAGAAAGCAGAUGGAAGUCUACAGAAGACGCGAGACCAGGUCCUUCUUCUAGAGAUUAGACAUGUGUGAACAGUGCCAAACAUAUUCCAAAUUAGUGUGGAGUUAUUAUAAAAAUAUAACAUGUUUAGAUACCAAAGUUAUCUGGAACGAAAAUACUCGUUUUUUUUUUUCUUCAAAUUUCUUAUUAUUUC